GCUCCCACCCACCCGGAGGAGGGAUGACCCUCUCCGGCGGCGGCAGCGCCAGCGACAUGUCCGGCCAGACGGUGCUGACGGCCGAGGACGUGGACAUCGAUGUGGUGGGCGAGGGCGACGACGGGCUGGAGGAGAAGGACAGUGACGCAGGCUGCGACAGUCCCGCAGGGCCGCCGGAGCUGCGCCUGGACGAGGCGGACGAGGGGCCGCCGGCGGUCCCCCACCACGGGCAGCCCCAGCCGCCCCACCAGCAGCCCCUGGCGCUGCCCAAGGAGGCGACCGGGGCAGGGCUCGGGCCCGGGGCCGAGGCGGGCGCGCCGGAGACGGACGGCUGCAAGGGCGGCCCGGGCGGCGAGGAGGGCGGCGCGGGCGGCGGCGGAGGACCCGGCGCGGGCGGCGGCGCGGCGGGCGGCCUGGCCCCGAGCAAGCCCAAGAACAGCCUGGUGAAGCCGCCCUACUCGUACAUCGCUCUCAUCACCAUGGCCAUCCUGCAGAGCCCGCAGAAGAAGCUGACCCUGAGCGGCAUCUGCGAGUUCAUCAGCAACCGCUUCCCCUACUACCGGGAGAAGUUCCCCGCCUGGCAGAACAGCAUCCGCCACAACCUCUCGCUCAACGACUGCUUCGUCAAGAUCCCCCGCGAGCCGGGCAACCCCGGCAAGGGCAACUACUGGACCCUGGACCCGCAGUCCGAGGACAUGUUCGACAACGGCAGCUUCCUGCGGCGCCGGAAACGCUUCAAGCGCCACCAGCAGGAGCACCUGCGCGAGCAGACGGCGCUCAUGAUGCAGAGCUUCGGCGCCUACAGCCUGGCUGCGGCGGCGGGCGCCGCGGGACCCUACGGCCGCCCCUACGGCCUACACCCCGCCGCCGCGGCCGGCGCCUACUCGCACCCCGCGGCCGCCGCCGCCGCAGCCGCCGCCGCCGCGCUCCAGUACCCGUACGCGCUGCCGCCCGUGGCGCCCGUGCUGCCGCCCGCCGUGCCGCUGCUGCCCUCGGGCGAGCUGGGCCGCAAGGCGGCCGCCUUCGGCUCGCAGCUCGGCCCGGGCCUGCAGCUGCAACUCAACAGCCUGGGGGCCGCCGCGGGCACGGCGGGCGCCGCGGGCACCACGGCGUCGCUCAUCAAGUCCGAGCCCAGCGCGCGGCCGUCGUUCAGCAUCGAGAACAUCAUCGGCGGGGGCUCAGCGGCGCCCGGGGGCUCCGGGGCGGGCGCUGGGGGCGCAGGGGGCACCGGGGGCGCCGGGGGUGGCGGGGGCGGCGGCGGUACCGCGCAGUCGUUCCUGCGGCCGUCCGGAACUGUGCAAUCGGCGGCGCUCAUGGCCACGCACCAGCCGCUGUCGCUGAGCCGGACGACCGCCACCAUCGCGCCCAUCCUGAGCGUGCCACUCUCGGGACAGUUCUUGCAGCCCGCAGCUUCGGCUGCCGCUGCUGCUGCCGCCGCGGCUCAAGCUAAGUGGCCUGCGCAAUAGGGACGCGCGGGUGAUUGGGACGCUGGGCCCGGACGGUGGCUGCCUCUCCAGGCUGCGUGCCCCGCCCGGUCCUGUCCCCCUUACCCAACCCGGACUCUGCCAACCCCUCGUUUCCUCCCUCUUGACCCUCCAACGCAGGCCUCCCGCGGCCUCCACCCUCUGGUUCGCACCUAAGCCGCCGGAGCAAACUCACCGCACGCCCGCCGGGAGUAGCUUUCCGUACAGGUAAACUCGAAAACCGAAUUUUCCGGGGGAAAAAAAAAAGCACCUGACGGCGCCUGCUCUCAGUACCAUGGAACGAGAGGGAAAUUCUUUGUACAUAUUUGUAUAAAAAUUACUGACUUUCCUUUUGGGGUUUUUAUUUUUUUAAGAAAAAAGAAAUUCAGUAGAUUUAGAGCUCUGAGCUUUCAUUUUUGUUGAAGGUUCAUUCUCCGCAGUUUUAUCCGAGAAAAAGAAUGUAUAGAGACGUUGGAAAAUUUUAAAUAUAAAAAUUUUUUUCGAAAAGGCGAAAAAUGUCAUUCUAUUAUAAAAGUCUGUUUAUAUAUGAAUGAAUAUAUAUGGUAUUCUAAAUGUUAUUCCAUAGUGUUGUACACAACUUUGUAAAUAAAUUUUUAAAAUGC